AUGGACCGAGUCGACUUAAUUGUUAACGUAAAACCAAAAAACAACAGAUCACGACAAGUUAGUUGUCAUCUUAUGAUGAGAUCAGGCGAAAAACACUCUCGAAAUGAAAGUCAAGUCAAUACUGCUGAGAUUUGCAUCGAGACUAAGGAGUCUUCUACCUCCCCAGUGCUCCUCCUUUCGCCUGCAUUGGCCUUUUGCCAGCCAAGCCUUCGCUUGUAUACCGACGAUCCCCGACGUCUGGCCACGUCUGGACUUCAACCCACGACCUCUCCGAGUGAACUCGCCUUGGCCGAACACGCAUUUGCAUCCAAGCCGUCAAAGCCACUUUUGGCGCAGGCGAGCAGGCGUUUGUCCGGACCUCUCUCAACUUCGCCUCCACUUGACAACCCCGGAGGAUGGGAGACCAGUCAAGUUCCCCGCCACAGACAUGCCGCUGAAUCUGUUCCAUCCAGCCACUCUUUUUUAACUGCUGCCAUUACCAACAGCCUCCUCUUUCGCCAGAUUUGCGGGUUCUUCUUCUCUGCCCUUUUGCCCCAUGGACCGGUCUGCCAGGCCCAAAAGGGCCCCGGCAAGGACAUUGCAAGGCAAAAGUGUUGCAACGUAAUCAGCAAACCGAUUCAAUCAAAGUCGGAGUGA